CUAACAAACACCAAGAAGAAUGAGAAUCAAACUUGUUUGCCGUAUGGGUUUGAAUUAGGGGACAAAGUGUGUUGAUGUCACCAGUGUUCCUACUUGAGUGGCUGACGGUGGCACGGUCUGCUGACCUUUGGGCCGACUGACUCAUUGGGACCGUCAUUGGAACUUUGACCCAGAAGGAGAAUGUAUGCAUUUCUGGCUGUGUUAGCUGGCGCGCUGUGACGGUACAUCACAAGUCAUUACGGAUUAAAAAAAAAGAAUUCUAGUAAAAAUGGACAGAAUCAAACGUUCCAUGAACAGCAAAGCAAUGAUGACAGCAUACGUGCUGAAUGUGGUGCUGCAUACUGUAUGUGUGAGGAGGACAUCAAUGAAGAUAGCGGGGCUGAGUGACAGCGAGGCAACAAGCACCUGGACUUUGGGAUCAUUAGCGUCCGCUUGGCUAUAAAAGCUGGAGGAGAGCAUCAGCUGAGCAGUAGCACUGCAGAGUUCACUCGCAGAUACUCUCACAGAUCCAACAACCAUGAAGGUCCUUGCUGUGCUGGUUCUGGCCCUCUUCACUGGCUGCAAUGCCAACCUCUUCUACGCUGAUGCCCCCAAGCCUCAGCUGGAGGUUCUGACUGAUGCCUUCUGGGAGUACGUAGCCAAGGCCACCCAGACCGCUGAAGACACCCUCCAAAUGAUCAAGAAGUCUCAGUUCGGACAGGACAUGAGCGCUCGUCUGGCUGAAGGUACCGACGUAGCCAACCAGUACGCUGUCACCCUGCACGAGCAGCUGCCCCCCGUCGCCAAGGAGCUGAUCGCCAAAGUGAGCACUGAGGCCGACCUGCUGAAAGAGCGUGUGACCAUGGAGCUGAGCAGCGUGCGCGAUCGGCUGGAGCCCUACACCGAGACCAUGAGAGUCCAGGUCCAGCAGAGGGUGGAGCAGCUCCAGGCCGAGAUCAACCAAAUCCUCACCAUGGAUGCUGAGACCCUGAAGAUCGAGCUGCUGAAGAGGAGCGACGAGCUGAGGACCAACCUGGAGCAGAACGUGGCUGAUCUGCAGGCUCAGUUCGGACCCCACACCGCCGACCUGAAGCAGAAGGUGGACCAGCACCUGCUGACCUUCAAGGAGAGUGUGACCCCCCUGGCUGAGAAGGUCCAGAUGGAGCUGACCCAGAGAGCCCAGCAGGUGAAAGACCUGGCCACCCCUUACGUCGGCGAGUUGAGGGAGACCCUGGACCCCUACGCCCAGGACCUCCAGGCCCGUCUGAUCGCCCUCUACGAGUCCUUCGUUAAAACCAACUAAGUCAGCUACAAACUGAAACAUGAGCAUGCAAUUCUCAUAGUUU